AUGCCCACGCGCUCGCCAGGCUGUUUCACAUGUCGCAAGCGCAAGAUCCGUUGCGAUGAGGAACGACCGGGCUGCAAGCGGUGCGAAACGCACGGCGUCCCGUGUCCUGGCUACCGGGUCGACAAGCCAGGCGGCAUUGAGUUCAAGGACCAGACGACUGUGACCAAACAAAAGGCAGAUGAGCAGUAUCGCGUCAAGCAGGCGAUUCGCACAGCUACGGACCAUGUUGUGAGGACGAACGGGUUGGCGUCUCCGUCUGAUACCCUGAUUAUCAUUAAUGACGACCUCUCUACUACGGAAGCUGGAUCUUGGAGCGCGGUGGAUGCCAGGACUCCUGCAUCCCCAGGCGCAUCGGCAGUACUAGGCCUCGAUGGCCUCUCGUCGGAGCAGCAAGCCGUCGUGCUCGCCAGCAGCAAGGCAGCCAAAACCCGCAGCAAAGCCAUCUCGUCACUACACAUCAACGCGCCACUGCAACUAUACAGUCCCGACCUCGAGCGCGCAUCAUUAUACAGCGCCUUCAUCGACCUCUACCUCCCACAGAUCGCGGGAAGUGCGCAGAACGGGCACUUCUCGUUCUUCCAGACGAUCGCCGAGAAGCGGUCGACGCAGCCUGCGCUGCAGCAGAGCCUGGAUUCGCUGUGUCUGGUGCAGAUUGGGUCUCUGUAUAAAGACCAAGCGCUGUUGAAGCAGGCGGUCAGACAGUACGGCAGUGCGCUCAGCAGCCUUGCUCGCUCGAUAGCGAAGGGGCAGUUCCUGUACGAUGACGACGUUCUUGCAGCGGUCACGGUCCUGGCGACGUGCGAACUGUUCGAGGAGAUCUCGAAGAUGGGCGAGGGCUGGGGGAAGCACGUUCAAGGCUCCAACCAACUGGUCGCGCUACGAGGCCCAAACUCAAUGCAGUCUGAUCUGGCACUCCUACUCUAUUCGAACAUGCGGCACGGCUCACUCAUCCACGCACUCAUCGCCCGCAAAGCACCCUUCAUGGCCACACCCGAGUGGCGCGAAGUAGCCUUCCGCGUGCCCAAAGCCGUCCAAGACGCCAGCACGAAUUUUUACGAUCUUGCAAUCCAGAUACCCGGUCUACUCGAGAGACACGACGCUUUAGAUCUCGACUCACAGGACGCUUUGGAGACAUUAGACGCCAUCUUAGCAGAUUCAGCAGAUUUGGAAGACGCAAUGCGUGACUGGUUCGCCGCAUGGCAAGCUCUUGGGACUUUGACAUCGGACUCGCCUACACCUUACUACAGCCUCCGUCCUAUCGAAGAGUUCCCCUGGUUCUGCACUCUCUGUCCUGACCGCACCUUCGCCGAAGCGUACGUGUUUCCGGAUUUCUUGGUCGCCUACCUGCAUUCGCUGUAUUGGAUGGUGAUGCACUAUCUCCGUACGAACACGCAGUCGCUGCAGAAGCAACGGCAUCGACUCGAUAUCGACUGGUACCCGUCCGGCCAAGCGGUCGUGCAAGAAGAUGAGCUGCUUGGUUAUAUCUUGAAUCUGUGCCGGUGCAUACCGUUCUUCGUGGAGCCGGGGCACUGGGAGUGGCUGAAGUGGAUUGGCGCGGUGCGCAACUCGGUGUUCGUUAGAGGGCUGGCCCCGCCAAACGUGAGCAAGGAGUCGCGCACACAGCGCGUGUCGCCAGAGCCUGGAUAG